CAUCAUUUGCAAUUGAUACGAUCCAGCGGUUUUACUUCGUCGUCUCUUCCAAAGAAGAAAUUUCUGUAGCUCUGAAACUUCUUCUUCUUCUUUGUUUUUCUUCGUCGAACAUCAAUGGGGGUGGGGCGCGAAGUCCCAAUUUCGCUCGACGGAGUCAGGGAUAAGAACUUGAUGCAGCUCAAGAAACUCAAUACAGCCCUCUUCCCUGUUCGCUAUAACGAGAAGUACUACGCCGAUGUCCUUGCCUCUGGCGAGUUCACUAAACUAGCAUACUACAGUGAUAUAUGUGUUGGCUCCAUUGCAUGUCGCCUUGAGAAGAAAGAACAUGGAUCUGUACGUGUCUACAUCAUGACCCUGGGUGUUCUAGCACCCUACCGCGGACUAGGCAUCGGUGGUAGGCUGUUAAAUCAUGUCCUUGAUCUCUGCUCAAAGCAAAACAUUACUGAAAUCUAUUUGCAUGUUCAGACAAAUAAUGAUGACGCCAUCAAUUUCUAUAAGAAAUUUGGGUUUGAGAUUACAGAAACCAUUCAGAACUAUUACGCAAACAUUACCCCGCCAGAUUGCUAUGUUCUUACCAGGUUAAUCACUCAAACUCAGACCAAGAAGUAACCUUUCAACUCCUGAGUUAUGUCCUACAAAAUUGGUUUGAACCUUCCUUUUCCUCCCUGUGAAUUUAGUUAGUCAAUUUGGGUCUCGAUGAAUUUUUUAUAUUUAAUAUCAUGGGAGCUAGAGGGCUUUUGACAUAUAAAUUUUGUCCCAUCUCGUAAUUGAGUAAAUCUUUCUGUGUGCUUCUUGAGGAUCUUUAGAACAAGCUAAAUCUAUUUAUUGCCUUAUCAAUUAUGGUUACUUUUCUCCCUUAA